AUGACUUAUACAUUCCAGGAAGACCAACUGAACUGUCCUUAUCUUUUAUUCGUAAUGUUCCAUAAUAGUCAAGGGUUACAAAGUGGUGGGUUAUGGUACUGUGGUGUUGAGCCAUGGUGCUUACACGGUGUCCACGUGGUUCUGUAUCAGAUUAUGGUAAUUGCACCGUGCGAGCAUGGUACUUAUAUGCUGGUGGAUGAUGGUACUUCUGCGAAGCAGAUCGUAACAUUUUACGAACUCUUAUUCUCAUAG